UAAUAUGUUGAAUUUUCACUCUUCAUGCACCUUUCUCAGCCGUCCAAGCUAAUCUUUUCUCCAAUCAACCAAUAACUUGUACUCAACGAUAACUUAUAGUCAUAUAGACAUCUUCAAGAUUGAUUGAUAUUUCCAUGACUACUCAUGAUGUUGCUUAUGAUAUUUCCCUUUCAUUUUUGAUUUUGUCAUUCGUUGUUCUUGUAAUCAUCCUGAUCAUCAUCCUAUGCAACAAAAAGCAGGUGAAAGGCCAAGAAAUUCUUCCUACCAGGAAGUCUGCACAUAUAUAUUCGUUGAUCGAUGUCGAUGAAGCUACUGAAGGCUUCAGCACUAGAAGGUUAGUGGGGCAAGGCCGGCUCGGAACUGUGUAUACAGGUGUGAUGUCAAGAGGAGAUAUGGUGAUUGUUAAAAGGAUUCAUCCGCGGUUAGUUUUGAGCAAUGCUGGUAAUUCUACGUUCUCAUCAGUGCUAAAGUCUCUGUGUGCAGUUCAACAUCCUAAUAUAGUAUCUAUACUAGGGUUCUCGGAGGCACCCGGGGAAAGGAUCAUUGUUUCGGAGUUCGUGGGGAUGAUCAGUUUAGAGUUUUAUCUACAUGGGAAUUCUGAGGGAGUGGCUCUUUUGGACUGGGGAAAUCGGUUAAAGGUUGCAGCUGGUCUGGCUCGAGGGAUCGAACAUCUGCAUGAAGUGGUGAUGCCGCCAAUAGUGCAUGGUUGUGUUAAGUCUUCAAAUGUUUUGAUUGAUUUAAAAUUUGUUGCUAAAAUUUGUGAUUAUGGUUUAUCAUUUUUGACACCUCAAGAGAAGGAAGGCCUUGUAGGGUAUGUUGAUGAUGAGUUUUGGAUUAACAAGAAGGGUGCUUCUAAGGAGAGCGAUGUUUAUGGAUUAGGUGUAGUUUUGUUAGAGAUUUUAAGUGGAAGGAGAAGUGGGAAAGGGUUUAAUAUUGUUGAAUGGGCUUUGCCUUUGAUUAAAGAAACGAAGAUUAGUCAACUUUUGGAUACAAGAAUUGUGAUUCCAUCUGAUAUGAAGCCUCUUGUCAGAUUGGCCAAAGUUGCUGCAGCCUGCGUCGGUAAUUCUAGGAAAAAUAGACCCUCUAUUGUACAGGUUGUAGCCAUUUUAAACAAUUUGGAAGAGGGGGCUCUGUUUAUUAGUUUUGGGUCUUUGUAAAUACAGCUUCAUUAUAUCGUUCAGACAUUAGAUUCUUCGUUGAAAGGAGAUUAUUAAUUCUAUUGUUUUAAUCGGUUGUAUAGCUUGGAUGAUGUAUUCAUAAUGUUCAUGCAUUUCUAGCGUCA